AUGGCGCACCGAGAAGUACCAUUUAUCAUUAGUACAUCCCAGCCGACAAAGGCGACCGAGUCGCAGCGGAGAAUCGCUCUGUCGCACGCCGCUCGCUCAGCGCAUGCCAAGACCAGGCGCCUGCGGACGCUUCAAUACCAGGCACAAAAGAGACAGGAACGCCAUGCAAGGCUCUCACAAGAAAAUCCAGACCUUCCCAUUGCUGAACUGGAUACAUUCCUCCCAGCAGACAGGACAGACCCGUUCAUGAGUUUCGCAAGGGUCUUAAACCCCACCGAACAAUUUCUCUUCGAUCACUUGAUCAUACCUCUGAUGCGCUGCAACGAGACGCAGGUGCUCUUCUCACAGCGCAUGAAUAGUAUCUGGAUCCCUGUCGCCAUCACCGAACCCAGCCUUCUGGACGUUGUGCUUCUCACCUCGAGUCGACAUUUGUCAUGCUGUUACACGCAGGAGCAGCAGGAGCAGCGACGCUUCUUCACGCAAGUCACACUCCAGUACAAGUCGCGAAGUCUGCGGUCACUGAGACGCGCUAUUUCGGCCGAGGUGCCAGCUUUGGAUGAUGCGACGGUCGCAAAGGCAAUCAUGCUCGCUUAUGAUGAGGCACGUUCCGUUCGCGGCUGGCGCAGAGCACUGAGCUAA